CUUGUCAGCUCAGGGAUUUGAUCUUGCAACUUUUCAGUUGCUAGACCAACGCUCUAACCACUAGGCUACCUGCCACCCCUAUCUAGAUAUCUAGAUGCAGAGGGUUAUCCAGAACUUUAUUCAUGUUCAUAUCAAUGGAUGGAAUAUCCAAGAUAUCUAAAAAGUUGUCCAUAGCCGUAUUAUCUGAUGGGGGUUCGGAUUUGUUGAGGUAAGAAAAAUGACACAAGUUGAAGUAAUAUUAGAGGGAUCACUUGUAAUAUCACGGGAAGAGUCAUAUACCUAUGAGAUGAGAUGCUGACUGGCGUUUUAAGCUGGUGUGCCAAAAGGCGGCUGGCCUUGUCACCAUAUUCGUAGUACGUCCCCUUUGUUCAUUGCAACAGAAACUCUGCUUUAUCAGUGGAAAGCAGAUUAAGUUGAGUUUGAAGUUUCAGCCUCUGUGUAUAAUUCAGGGGAUGGAGAAGGUGAAUAUUGGCGGUCUAUUGCCAGGAUUGAGUCCACCAGUUCUUGACGUUUCAGUUUUCUUUGUUUGAAAUAAUGAGCAAUGUAAGAAAUUAUUUCCCUAUAAUACCAUUUUGAAAGUCUCCCAAAGAAGAGAGGGGGAGGUGUUGUCAUUUUUAUUUGUUUGAAUGAAUACAUCUAUGUUGGUUGAAAUAAAGUCAUAAUUUUUUGUUGGACAAUAGGGCCGUGUUAAAUCUCCAAUUCAACAGUUUUUUUGCGUUCGUAAGUAAGAGCUAAAUCCAGAAUGUGGGGGAAUUGUCCAAAAUUACUAGAACAGAAUAUUCUGUAAUUUUAACUGAGGGGAGAAGGGCUCUAACUAUAAAAAAAAGUAGUCUAUUCGCGAGUAGGCUUGAUGAACAUGAGAAAAGUAGAAGUCUUUUGAGACCGGGUGGAGGAAGCACCAUGGAUCAACACAACCCAUUUGGGUCAUGAAUGUAGAAAGAGCUUUUGCCAUCCCGAAAGGAGUAAGUGUUCUGGGAUUAGACUGGUCUAGUCUUGGUUCAGUAACAGAGUUAAGGUCACUGCCGAAGAUGAGGCGGUGGGUGUCAAGAUUAGGGAGAGAGGCUAAAUGAGGUGUCAUAAAUCUAGUGUCAUCCCAGUUAGGGGUGUAAACAUUGGCAAGUACUACAGGGGUUUGGAAGAGGGUGCCACUAACUGUGGUAUAACAUCCUCCAGAAUCUGAAAUGAUCUGUGAGGGUGAAAUCACUAUUGCUAUUACCCUGGCUUUGCCGUUCAAAUUAGUAUUAAAAACCUGUCCAACCCAUGCUUUAUGCAAUCUAGUAUGGUCGUUAAUAUGUAGGUGCGUUUCUUGAAGAAAUGCGAUAUCAUUAUUCAGGCUCUUCAGUGCUCAGAAGCACUUAACUUUCCCCCCACAACCGCAAAUGUUCCAUGUCACCAGUCUAACUGGAAGCCCCAAAAUACCAUCCUGACUUGUUGUUGAACUAGACAUGAAUCCUUAAAAGAGAGAUUGAAAGAGGAGCAGCAUGAAAAAAAAAAUCCUCUAGAGAAGCAGAGCACAAUAAUCUUUGCCCCACUACCCCCAACAUACACAAAAAUAAAAUACAAGUGAUGGUAUAAAACCAUUUAAAGAAAAAGGAAAAUAAUUAUAAUCCUAAUCUCGUCAUUAUGAACAAGACGAGCAGCAGGAAUUCUCUUACUCAGCGUUCGUUGAUUAUCCUAAACGUGAUGUGAGGUCAAACCGACCUAGGAAAGAAGUUACAUACAACCUUGAAAUUAAAACAUUUAAUAUGGCAGUAGGCAAGUACACAAUUUGGGUUUCGGUCACACUUUAAACAAAGAGUAUAACCUUAAGCGUCAGUUAUUGAAAAAUGUUAACAGCAAUCGGUGGCAUUUCACUGGCUAUAAUAUGAAUGUAGUCCACUGGGUGUUGCCACAGGUCUGAGUAAUGAGAAUCAUUUGAAAUUAACUAGUAGACUAUGAAAAAGGGUCAGCCCCUGUAUUGGUAAAUUGUUACAAACGUCCUUAGGGGGAAACAAUUAAAUGAUGGUAUACAGACAACUAGCAUUUUGGAUAUGUACAAUUAAGCAAACAAACCAUGGGUCUAAACUCUUCAGCUAGUGCAACAAUUAAAUGAGUAAAAUUGGAAGAGAAGAGUCGUCGUUGAGUCCAAGAUAAAGUGAAUGCAACUGAGAACCAUCAGUGACCAACAACACCAAUUAAGGCCAACGUAAACCACAGUAGUAUAGAAUGUCCAUACAAAAAAUCACAAAAAGCAGACCCCCAAUGAAAUAUAUAUAUAUACAUAUACAUACAUACACACAUACACACAUACAUACAUACAUACAUACAUACAUACAAAUAUUGGUAGACAGGAUCGGUGUCUAACCAGCGAGUAACAUUAGUAUCCGAAAUGACCUAAAGGCUGCCAAACUGCAAUGUAGGCUAUAGAUUGCCUUAAGUUGAGCAGCAAGUUCAAGCCUUAGUAAAAAGAAAGAAAUCAAAAUGAUGCGCUUUUAACAGUGAUUGUCUUUGAUUUAAGAAACUAAACAAGAUCAAAUUAAAGUUUACAAAGAGCAGAGCAGGAUAAGUCAGCCCAAAGCUGAUUCCUUUCUUGUACAGAGUGGACUUGGUAUCGUUGAAUGUGACCCGUUUCUUCGCCAGGCUAGAACUGAAAUCCUGGUAGAACUUGAUCUUGUGGCCUUGGAAAGUGAUAUCGCCAUGUUCCCUUGCCCACUUAAGGACGAGGUCCUUUGUAUCGAUGGAUCCGCAACCUGACACGCCCCCCUCAGGGAGAGAGACAGCUGCAUGUGAGCUUUCACAUUUUUCAACAUGUUUUUUCAAAAGGAUAGAUUUGGAGUUAGAUAAACUUUGAUUUUUUCUGCGGGUACAUAUGCAGGAUGCUACCCUCCACAGCAUGGCCUUCAGAUCAAAACCUACAACCUAAUUUUGACCAAAAUGACCUGGAGAGAUUACUGCUUUAAAGGUUUUCUUUUUCCAAGCUAUACGGAGGGUACUCUAGCAAACAAACAGCAGAGAUCUGAGGACACCAUCCAACUUGGCACUGAGUGGGUAGUGUUUGGUCUGAUGCUAUUUUGAAAACCAAGAAGAAAAAUGUAAAAUAAAGUACAUUACAAAGAUAUACUUUAUUUAUGGCGACUGAAUGCUGAGUUAAGGCUCCCAGGCUUGCAAGGACAGACCAGAUACAAAUUCAAUGCUCCUGCUGUCCAAAGAGCAUUCACUGGCAUUUUCUACAAGAAAUCUGCCUCCAGAAAUAAAAGUUUUUCCCAAGUGGGUGUGACACCUACUCCCGUUGCCUGCUGCACUGCUGCUUGGAUUCCACCUGGCGAUCUGUUCACCGUCUGCCCUGGUUGUCUCCCCCUGUCUGGUACAGAGGGAAGAAAGAUCUCAAAGACCAGACUACCUGCUGAACUUUGCCAACAAGACAAACACGUUGGACCAUGUUGACCAUCCUGGCUGCCGGGUCUGUCUUCUUCCCAGGCCUGUUCGUGCUCUCCAAGCAAUGCCUCAAGCACAUCCCUGCACUGAGGUGGAGCGAAGGGGAUGCGGUCAUAGUGUCAGCCAGGUUGGUGUCCUCUGUUCAGGCGAUCAUGGCCUCCUCUGCUGGUUACAUCAUUGCCUCCUCCUGUGAUGACAUCAUUGAGGAUCAGCAUUGGCUCACCAGCGCCUACAUCCUCUUUGCCGUGCCCUACUUUGUGUACGACAUCUACGCCAUGUUCAUGUGCUACUGGUACAAGCUGCGCAUCAAGGGUCAUGAAGGGGACAGCGGCGCCAAACCCCUGGGUGCGGCCCUGACCAGCUACCUGCGGCGCGAAUUCCUCAUGGUACUCCACCACGUCGUCAUGGUCACCGUGUGCUUCCCCGUCUCUGUGUUCUGGCGACAGGGCAAGGGGGAUUACUUCCAAGGCGUCAUGUUCUUGGCAGAAGUCAGCACUCCGUGGGUCUGUUUGGGAAAAAUCCUCAUCCAGUACAAACAGCAACACACUCUCCUGCACAAAGUGAAUGGGGCUACUAUGCUGGUCACUUUUUUCACCUGUCGAGUCCUCCUCUUCCCUUUCCUCUACUACGCGUAUGGCAGGUAUGCGUCCAUUCCCCUCCACAUGGUUCCUUUCAACGUGCCCUGGCAAGUUAACCUGGGCGCAGCUAUGCUUAUGGCCCCCCAGGUCUACUGGUUCUCCCUCAUUUGCCGAGGGGCCCUGCGACUCUUCACUGGCUCUUCCCGCUCCCGCAGGCCCCCGGUCACUGCCAAGGAUGACUUGGACGGACAGGCGCCGUCCCAGCCCGCCAAUGGGUACAGCACUCAUGCCACAGAACAAAAGUCAGACUCUCAUUGA